ACACUUCGUUCUGACGCAUUGUUAUUAAGCCACUAUUGUACUUUACACCUUGAUUGAAGUCUGCUGACACCAGGACAUUAGCAGCUGGAUUGGACCUUUUAGGGGUUGAAAACAGUGAGGGGCUCCUGGAGUGACACUGGGAUGUACACAGGAUUAUUAAAGACUGGCUUCCUGUGGACUUCCAAGAAGUACCUGCCCGUUUCUUUGCCUCUGGCAGCUGUUGCAUGCAGACACUGGCGAUGACACAGCAAUGCCCGUCUGCCGACCAACUCCAGUUCACGGACCUCGCGCCGCCAAACUCCUUCAAGAUUCCCAGUUCUGUGGGGGCGCUGGGAGUCCUCUACGACUGGGUCAACCUAUUCCUGGAUGCUGUGCAACCAAAUCCCUUCCCAUCAGACCUACUUAGAACAGCAAUAAACAAUCCAACAAACCUUAAUGUUCAGCAGGUGGCACAGUAUGAAGCGGGCUUCAUCGUGUGUGCCAUCAUUGCCUUGCUCUACUUCUUUUUAAUGCCCAUAGUAGGUGCAUUUUUUGCCUGUUGUCGAUGCUGUGGAAAAUGUGGCGGAGCAGUGAAGAAGGAGCACAGAUGUCUGGCCUGCAGCAGAGGGACAAUGAUCACCUUCCUCAUUAUGUGCACUUUGAUCAUAGUGGCAGGAAUGAUCCUGGCUUUUCUAUCCAAUCAGAGGAUGACUGCGGUGGUGCAACCAAGUCUGAAUGAUAUAAACAACACACUGGGCAACAUCAGCACAGUCAUUUCCACCAUACCAACAAAAAUCAACAGUCUCUCUCUUCAGUAUGACAUACCAAAAGCAAAAAUCACAACAGGCUUAAAUGGUGAGGGACUAACCAUUGGAAACACAGUUGUAUCUGUGCUUGGGAUGUCUGUAUAUCCGACCCUGGCAGCUGUGCUCCAAAUUGCCAAAGACAUCCAGACAGAUACCAGUUCACUGACAUCUAUCAACGCCUCCACCUUCUCUCUUCAGCAGCGUCAACCCAAUUUGGAGAGCCAGCUGAAUAGUGCACGUACUAACCUAACCACGAUUAUUAAUAAUCCAAACUGUCAAGGCUGCCAGGAUUUAAGCAGUGCAAUCAACAAUCUGCAGAUUGGUGCCAACUUUAAUCAGCUUCCCAGCGUGCAGACUGUACUGAACAAGAUGAGGACCAUUUCCCAGGUUGACCUUUCAUCAAUGGUAGAUCAGGGGAACCAGUCAUUCAACAGCAUCCCCCAGAAGGCUGUCAAUCAGACCAACAGCACCAUUGAAGAUAUCAAGAAUGUCCUGAAUGACAUUCAAGGAUCUAUAAACUCAUCCAUCAACAAAGUUCCUUCCCUGAACUCUGUGAGCAACACCAUGAAUUCUGUGCAGUCUUCAGUUAAUCAAAAUGGGACAGAUGUUGUGCGUUAUGAUUACUACAGAUGGAAUGUUGCCAUUGUUCUGUGCUGCAUGAUCCUACUGAUUAUGGUGUUCAACAUUCUUGGUCUGCUAUUUGGACUCUGUGGGCUAGGCUGCCGAAAUGAUCCAUAUGAGAAAAACUGCUCGGCAACCACAGGAGCAAACUUCUUAAUGGCGGGAGUUGGCUUCAGCUUCAUCUUUUCUUGGCUGUUGAUUUUGUUGGUUUUUGUAACUUUUCUGGUUGGUGCUAACGUUGAGACUUUGUUUUGCAAAAACUGGAAGAACGGGCAAUUAUUCAAGUUUAUAGAUAAUCCAGGAAACCUGCCUCAGAGUGUGAACCUUUCCAUCACCCUGAACAUCAGUUUCCAGCUCAGUGACAUCGCAAAUAACUGCAGUAAUGGAUCUCUCUACAGUGCCCUGCAUUUGGAUCAGAAGUUUAACCUCAGUGAUGCCCUCAGCAUUGGAAAGUAUACUGCUGACCUACAAAAUAAGACGAACAAUCUGAAUGUCAACGUGAGUGAUGUGACUCUCCUGCAGGAUGCUGGAAUCCAAAACUUGAAAGACUUCAAGAGCAGCGGUGUGGAUAACAUAAAAUACACCCUCUUCAACCUUGUGCUAGCACAGCCAGUGGUCGUAACGAACAUCCCUGCAUUUCUGAUAACCCUGAACCAAACAAUUCAAGUGCAGACUGACACAGGUGUUCAGGCAAGUCUGAAGACUCAAUUAACAAAUCUGCAAAAUCUUCAGAACACUACUGUUAGGCAACAGAUGGACGAUGUGAGUGUGGUUCAAAGUAAUGUCAACAGUUUGGUUAAUUCUACACAGGGUUUUCAGAGCAACAUUGGAGGAACACUAGAUAGCAUUGCCAGUCUUCAGCUGAGACUUACAAAUGUGACUGACAUUGUGAAAAAUCAAACAAGUUGCUUCUAUAAUAUGGAGCUGAACUACUUUCAGCAGUAUCUAGAUUGGGUCCAGAGAAUGGUCCUCCAGAACAUCCUUUCUUGCCAGCCUGUGUCUGACACGAUAAGCAACAUUUACACGAUCACCUGUGAAAAUGUGGUGAACCCCUGGAAUGCCUUCUGGUUCUGCCUGGGCUGGUGCACACUCUUUCUCAUCCCUAACAUCAUCUUUGCUGUGAAAACUGCGAAAUACUUCCGCCCAAUUAAAACCAGUCCCAGCGACCCUACUCAAUCUACUGCCUCGUAUGAGAUGAAAAUCCCCCGGGCCAAGACAAAUAAAAUAGACAACGUCUCCUAUUAGUAACUUAAGCAAAACCAUGACUUAAUUUAUUUUUCUCGCCCUUUACCAAGAACUUACUUCUUACAUUUUUCACUUUAUUUUAAGAUGAUACACAAUUGGAAGGAGAGGUUUUUUUUUUGUUUUUUAAUUUUCUGAGCUGUAUGCACAAAGGCACAAAUCUCAGAUGGGACCAAAAUUUUCUAUGCAGAGUUUAGUGUUAGACAACUUCUCUCAUCUAUGACACACUCAAUGUGCCCAAAGCCCCCACACAUUAAGGCUAGACAGUUUUAAAAUCCAUUUCAUUUGAUGAAAGCUUCCUUAGCAUCUCCUUACCAAUACCUUGACUUUGUGUCCAGUUUUCUGUUUUGAUUCUUCAGUUUAUCAAUGAAUAAAAAAACCUUCUGAACUUAUUGACACCGAUCAUACAUUGUCUAAUCAUAAUUAAAAACUGUUCCCUAAUAAGAGGAUAUUCUUAAUUUAUAUUUUGUCUUUCACUCUUGUUCAUUUUGAGUCUUCUCACGUUUGUCCAUUUCCUUUCAUUUCGUGUGCUGCUCUUCGGAUGUGGCAGAAAGAGGAGGCUCAAUUGCUUCGUCCACCAGCCAACUCCUUCCUUCUCUUUCGUGCUGCUCCUGUACAGUGCUAUUUAUCCCAUGGAUAAUCUGGAUAAUCUAGAAAUAAAUCACUCAGGGUGUGGUGUAACAGUGUGCAAGGAUUUAGUAUAAUUAGACAUUAAAUUAAUAUAUUUAUUUAUAGCUAUAUCAUUAUUAGAAAUGUGGCCAAAGAGUAUGAGGUCCAGUACUUGAUUUAAAUUGUAUUGGCCACUCGAUAUUACUUUCUUCAGAGAAAAACACAACAUAUGGACACAAGCAUCUUUAAAAGCAGCUCGAUGCCAUGACUGUCCUUAAAAUGUUCAGCAGGGAUGCUCAUUUCACUUUCAUUUUUUUUUCUUGAAAUCUUCAACAGCUAGACAGUCUGCAAAUGAGCACUUAUACCUUUAAGAUUUCAUUUGUGUAUCUUAAAUCUGUCUCAGGGUUAACAUUUCACUUAAUGAUAUUAACACACAGUUUAGGUUGUCAUUUUAGGCUUCCCUCGUAUGAUAACAGAAAAAAUAACAAAAUAAUCCCAUACAGGGAGCCAUUAAAAUUUAAUUAUGUAUGUACAGAAACUACCUGAAGUGUCCUUACGUGUAUUUGGUUACAUUCUCUUCCUUUUCACCAUUAUCACUCUCUCUGUGUACCUGUUUAAUAUUUCAAUAAAAGAAAUUACUUUGAUUUU